AUGCUACACGUAAUCCUUCUUUUUAUUUUAAAAGUUUCAGCUGAUACAAGUCUUAAGUCAGAAACAACAUUAGAAGGACAGCAAUAUUGCUCAUAUCGUCCUAGGGCAGAAAUUUUUGGACUUCUAAAUGCAGAAAAAAUAGAGCUUGAAAAAGGCAAUGAAUGUGUAAGCUGUGGAUAUCAGCAAGAAUGCCAGAAAUUAAAAGAAAAGUUAACAACUUUCCCAUCCCCUGAAGAUGCCUUAAUUGGUAGAGACCGUGCUGUAUCAAUUUCUGACACUCAUUACGUAUUAGGAACAAAAUUACUUGGCCCAUUUCCUCCUGAAAUGGAAGUAGCAAUGUUCGGUUUAGGGUGCUUUUGGGGAGCUGAAAGGCUUUUUUGGAAACAGCCAGGUGUUUAUUCAACACAGGCUGGAUAUGCAGGCGGAUACACUCCAAAUCCUAAAUACGAAGAAGUUUGCUCAGGAUAUACUGGGCACAAUGAAGUAGUUAGGGUUGUCUAUGAUCCAAGGCAAAUUUCAUAUAAAACGCUACUUAAGCUUUUUUGGGAAAGCCAUGACCCAACACAAGGAAUGAGGCAAGGACUAGAUCAAGGCACACAAUAUAGAUCUAUUCUCUAUAGAGUUAAUUUGGUAUAAGUAAUUUAUGGUAAAAAGGCUACAUUCUAUAAAAAUGAUGAUUUUCAUAAAGCAUACUUCUUCAAAAUUCAGCUCAGCAAGGCAUAUGAUAAUGGUUUACACACCUGAGCAAAGAGAAGUUGCAAUGGAAAGCAGAAACAUUUAUCAAAGAGAAUUGUUUAGCUCCCCUUCCCUGAGCGAGCAAAAAAUUUUGAUCUCUCACUAGUGAGAAUAUAUUUUUAAAAAAUAUAUAAUAAAUUUUAUAGUAUUUUUUUUUAAAAUUUAAAAAAAGUUCCUUUUCAUAAAAUAAGCAGUAAAUGAGUUUAAUAUGCAAAAUUUAUGUCUUAAAUGCAGUUUGUUUAAAAUAAAACAGAAUUAGCUGAGGUUUCUUAAUAAUAAUUAUCACUUAUAUAUCGAUAUAUUUGCUCGCUUACAGAGGGUAGUUUUUUUUUCCCAAAAAAUAAAGGUUUUCAAUGUUUUUGUUUGCUCACAGAGGGGAGUGCAAGGCAUCUCUUGGAACAAUAACUACAGAAAUUCGUCCUGUAUCCGAGUUUUAUUUAGCCGAGGAGUACCACCAACAAUAUCUAGCAAAAAAUCCAGGUGGCUAUUGUGGGCUUGGAGGAGUUGGAGUAAAAAUGCCAAAGUCAUUUGAGUAA